AGCUGGGGUGGGAGAUUUUGAAACGCGGCAUCGUCAUGUUUAUCGACUUCAUGCUGUUUGUCUUCGUGUGGCCGUGGCCUGUGGAGUUUGCUCUUGGCAGGUCUCAUGGAAACCCGACGCGGUGGCGGCUGAAUGUUGGAUUCCGGAACAAGGAGAUUUAUGUGCGCCGUAGCAGAGACUGGGACCUGAUGCUGCGUGACAUCUUCAAGGAUGAGAAUGCGAAAAAGAUCUUGCUCGCUUAUACUCAGGAGGCAACAUCGCCUCUGCUGCAGGAGCAAAAGACGGGCUAUCUGCUGAUGAACUCGAAAUGGGACCUGGACUGGAAUCUCAUGAUCCUAGCCCACAAGCUCGUGGAUAAAAAGGAGAUUGCCCUCGAGGCUUUUAAGAACGUUAUUCUGGUGUUCCAUCAUGAUUACGGCUGGAUCUGCCAUGAUCUCAAGAUGGGCAUAGCAGCCGAGGAAGAGGAUAGGAGGAGACAGAUUUUUGCCUUUCGAGAUGUGCUCACGGCCAUGGGCAAAGAGAAUCUCUUUUACCGGUGGAUCGAGGUGGUGCAAUUUGAAUCCACCCAGCCAGGAGGCUUUGGCCCCGAGAAGCAAGAAGCUGCGGCGAAGAAGAUUCGUGAGAUGUUUGAGGCUGAAAAUAUCAACUUUGAUGAGCUGUGGAAGGAGGCCGUUGGUACGAAUCCAGGAAUAUGAUUAUUUGACCGACAGUCAACUGGGCCGGAGAGAGAAAAUACGCAUUUGCAUACCUGUUGGAGUUGGUGGAGACGGGAGUGAGUGGUAAUGUGGGAGCAUUUACAUUUCCCAUGUUUCUUUUACACUAAUGAUGCUAUACAAUAAAGAAUUUCAUUCAAACAGCCUGUCUA